CCUAAGCAAGUUGAGCCCCUAUGGUUGAACCAUAGACUCUAUGUUUCGCAUAUUGGCCAUUUUUACCUCAGAUAACACAGGGAAUAUGUUAAACCGUUUCUUGACAUAAGAAACGUGUAUACCACAGAAGUAAUAACUCACAACUGCGCCGUGUAUCCGUCAGAUUCAGCUGGCAUUUGAUGGACAACCUCAGAUUGCCGCAGAGCCCUAAUUAAACACAAAGCACACAGGUGUGAUCCUCCGCUCUUCUACAGCUCGCCUCCUGUCUGCUCUGAGAACAUGACUUCAUAUAGAAAAAUGAAAUAAACACACUUAACAGAUUGUCAGUGUGAACAUAUGCUACUCAUUAAAAUGAAGGUGCCGGAGGAGGAAUUAAUGAGCGACAUCCUGAAGCGGUUAACAGGAGAGUCUGCACUGCCUGCGUACAGCAACAUAGAGAAGUUCAAACGAGGGAAGGACGGCUCAUACUUUGUGGCCGAGGACUUCAGUGAGACUGUGAAGAAAAGAGAGUUGGUCAACGCCAAGGAGAGACUGAGAAUCAGGAACUUGAACACCAUGUUCUCCCGCUUGAAGCGCAUGGUGCCAAUAAUGCGACCAGACCGUAAGCCCAGUAAAGUGGACACACUCAAAGCUGCGACGGAAUACAUUCGAUUGCUUGUUGCAGUUUUGCAGGAUACUGACAGAGAUGAUGGCAGUGGGACCGAUUUCCUAAAGAAUGCAAUCACUUAUGGUCAGACUGAAUGCCUGAGCAAUGACCUAUGGAGAAUGGAUGAUCUGCUGAACGUGUCAGAGGAGCGCAUUGAGGAUGGAUUCACCAUGCCCUCAGAGUCGGUAUCAGAGGACGGAGAUAUGACCAGACUGGUGUUGCAACAUUGUGUUAUGCCUGGAUACCAGUUCAUCAUCCAAGUAGCUCCUGAUCAGACUUUGAUGUCUCAACCCUGCUGAGUGGUGUUUAGAGCGGAUAUUGGAAACCUGCCAGGGGCCUGCUAAAGAAAGGAUUAACCUCGAAGAAAAUGCAGUUUUAUUUGUCUUAUUUAAUUUAACUUUUGAAGUUUACAUUUUGUUUGAGUCAAAAUGAAUGUUUUUAUUUUUAUUGUACAAACUGUAUCCUUGGCAGCCCUUAAA